AUGGUUCGAACGAGAUUGCCUCCUGCAUUUAUCACAUUCUUCAGUCGACUGAUUUUGGAGAUGACAUUCAUACAAUCCGGCUCAUGUCUGAUGGAUGCGGAGUCCAGAACAAAAAUACCUCACUCAUACAAGAUAAAAUUAAAAAAAUUAAAGUGGUAUUUCCAGUUAGAAGGGCACUCCUUUAUGCCCCCAGACAGGUUUUUUGGGCAUAUUUUAAAGACUAUUAAAGAAAAAGAAAUAAUUCUGGAAUCGGAGGAAUAUCUGGAUAUAUUUUCAAAGUAUGCUACUACUGUUCUUAGGGUUGGAGAAGUAGUUGAAAUAUACGAUUGGCAAAAUGAAACUAGCAAGUACAUUAAGCCUCCAGGCCAUUGGCAUUUUGCUUUCUCAAAAAUGAAGAGAAUGAUUUUAACAAAAAGCUCUAAAGGCACAGUACUAAUCCGCGGCGAAAUAGUCUAUAAUUCGGAUUCUGGUGUAGGAAAGCCAGUAACAAAAAAGACUAAGAGUAUUGAAAAUAUGAAACCUACAAAAAUUCCGAAACAAAAUGUGGUCAACAACAAAAAGGAAGUGGAAAAAUGA